AUGUACAACAGGGAAAAGAUUGGUGCGGCCAUUGCCAUGAGCAUGGGCGUUGUUGCUGGAAUAUCUUCUGUGGUCAAAAUGACCACCAUCCCCCCUGUCUUUUACAGCGGCGACUUUAGCUACAACGCUCUUCCUUUAGUAAUAUGGGGCUUCAGCGAGUCCUCCCUCACAAUAAUGGCCGCCUCCAUUCCCAUGAUGCGCCAUCUUUUCAAAUCAUUCCGCCGCGACAACAACAUACCGACCACCGCUGCCACUACCAGCGUUAAUCUCACCAUCGGUACUGCCCGCCGUAAUCCUAUCGGCACGAAUCACCUUACCAUGAGCGGUUCGACAGCUGGAAGCCGCGGGGGCACGCUUGCCGCAACCAAUAGCGGCCACGACGAUGACCUUGAUGUUAAUACCAAGAGCGGAACCGUGGAGCGGAGGAACUGGAACCAGCAGCAGGCUUCACAACCCCAGACCACCGAGAAGCCAUCCACCGCCGACAGGCACUAUGGGGGAUGUUCAUAG